CCUUGGCAGUCGGUGCAGCCCAAGACCAACCCUCUCCGCAGACUAUUUCCGUAGCCGUUAAACUCGCACAUUUCCCCAGUGGAAUCGGAGCCAAAAAUGUCUUCUCCUCGACGAAGAAUCGAAACAGAUGUUAUGAAGCUCUUCAUGGGCGACUACGAAGUGACGCUGGUGAACGACAACAUGCAAGAGUUUUACGUCCGAUUCUAUGGCCCUUCAGACACUCCUUUCAGCGGCGGCGUUUGGAAGAUCCAUGUUGAGCUGCCUGACCAGUACCCGUACAAGUCGCCCUCGAUUGGCUUCAUGAACAAAAUCUUCCAUCCCAACAUUGACGAGCUGAGCGGCUCGGUCUGUCUGGAUGUGAUAAACCAGACUUGGAGCCCCAUGUUCGAUAUGGUCAACAUCUUUGAGGUGUUUUUGCCCCAGCUCCUGCGAUACCCGAAUCCCACCGAUCCCUUGAACGGCGAGGCCGCCGCCAUGCUCAUGCGAGACCCGGCUGCAUAUGAGCAGCGUGUCAAAGAGUACGUGCAAAAGUAUGCAACCAAAGAAGCGGCCGACGCGGACGAAAGCUCAGAGGAGGAAGAUGACAUGAGCUCGCUUGGAUCCUUCUCCGACGAAGAGCCAGCCAUGGACGACAUAUGAGCACGAUACUCCACCACCUGCAAAGGCCUGCAAUACGCUCGGCCGAUAGAACUGCGCU